AUGCUAUUUGUCGGCGAAAGACCUCCUAUCAACAGGUUUAUACUAUUGGUAUAUGAUAUGGCUAUUUUUAGUAUGCAAUUGGUGUACCAUUGCUUGCAAUGUGGAAUAGAUGAUUCUGAGGUAUUAGCCACCCAGGCUCCGGAGUUGGGAGUAGAUGGUUUGAAUAAGAGUCAGCUAGAGGGAGACGGAUACACGGGGAAUGUUGAUCUUGUGACUUUGGAUGUGAUGAAGAGCAUGGUUACCAGUUUGGAAUUGAAGGAAACUGUUACGUUUUCAAACAUGAUGGAGCAUAGUCUUAAUGUUAGAAUGGGAGGAUUAGAGCCUGGAACUACAACGACAACCAGCAAUAAUAAUAGUAGUAAUAGUGCACAGUCUGAACAUAAUCUUCCGUCAGGUGGGUUCUUUGUUUGA